GAGUUCCUCCGCAGUAUUCCUGAAGGGUUAUUGGUCAAUGACUUGUAUCAACACUGGACCACAAUAAAGAAGGAUGAUUCAAGGGCAGAGAAGAUCGUUAAAAUCAAGACAAUUCUAAACAAACUUCCUCCGGCUCAUUAUCGCUUGGUCAAGUUAACGAUAAGCUUGCUACAACAUUUGGCCAAAUUUAGUUCACAAAAUCACAUGGGACCAUCCAAUCUGGCCACCUGCAUUGCACCAUCCUUUUAUGCAUUUGACGCAACAGCAUCGCCUCAAAGUAGACUCAAGGGAGAAAGCUUGAAGCAGAUGCAGAUGCAGAACUCUGUCUACGACAUUCAGAAUGUGUUUGUGCCGUUAAUAUCUUUCAUGAUUGUCAACCAUACCGAGCUCUUUGGGGAAGACAUUCUCUCUGUGUUCACUAAAUAUGGCUGCCAAGUAUCCCCACCAAUGAACCUUCAUGAGGAAAGGCAAGAACUGCAGAUGCAGCCAUCUUUAGAUGAGGACGAGCAGGAGGAAAUGGUUAUAGAAGAGGAACAAGAUGAUGAGGUUAACUACAGUCAGCGUCCACCGCAGCAUCAUAGACUCCAGCAUCGGCAGCAGCAUGAGCGUAUGCAGCAGGACUCAAACUCUGGAACUGAUUCAGAUAGCAUGCAUAGUGUUCUAAGCCUGCAGGAUACUGGAAUGGGUCUUCGGAACAAUGACUCGUCAACUGACAGUUUGGUAGACCGUGAAUUCUUCACGCCAGAUGCUGACUCCAGCCCCAAAGCUGUUAAAUCUCAUAUCUCUCCCUCAAACUUGAGCCGAGACUCUGGUCUUACUCUAAGUGAUACCCAGCUUUAUGAUGAAGAAGCAUUUCAUGGAGAAAGUGUCAGUAUACAAACAAAAAAGUACCAGCGCAGUACAUCACAUGUCACAGAAAACGAAUACAAUCAAAAACACUUCCUUCAAAACCUGGGUAGCCACUUGAACAAACAGAUCAAUCCCAUAGCUCCUCCAAGAAAACGGUCUUCAAAGAUCAGGAGGGACUCUAAUGGAAGUAGUGACACAGAACAAUAUGCAUUUACUGGUCAUCGAUCUGAUAGAUCUGGGGAGUUGAGACCACUGCUGGCCCACCCUCUCCUCAGCAAAAGGGUUUCAUCCGAUUCAAUUGGAGAGGAAAAUGAAUUAGAUGACCAGUUCUGUCCUGUAGACUUUGAGAGAUUUAGAACUGCAACAGAUACAUCUGUGGUGAUAAAAUUAGAGGGUAAUGACAAUCUACUUUUGAUGAAUGACUCUGUGCCUGCAAAAUACCAACCUGGUACUUCGGGAGGUAAAUCAAAACAUCCUUUUAUAAGACAGUCUUCGGUCAUAGAUAACACUCCUCCAGUAUCCCCACAGUCUCGGCAUUCACAAAGUUCCCGUGACAGUGUCGUCUCUGACUCAGCUUACAGUGCUUCACAGGAUGAAUCUGUUCAUUCUGCUCCACAGACACCAGACCAACCAGGGUAUCAAUCUCUUGUCUGGAUGCCAGAGACUACCAUCCCAGGCAAACCCUGGAAUCAACAAGUGUUUGCUCAUAAUUUAAACUUCCAACAUUCCAUUCCUCACAGUAAAUCAACUUCUGACCUUCUUCGUGAUACAGAAAAUGCCGGAAUUGACUUAUUGCAACAGGCAGCACCAGCAGAUCCUCUUUCUGCCAAACAUUGGCCUGGGAAAUCUCAUGAAGCUGAAGAGAUUGAAAUGAGAAGUCCACAAUUCAGGCAAGGCUUGAGGCCUAAUAGUUACCAUUCCACCGACCUUUCUUUUCAUGUUGCCCCCACCUCUCCACUGCGUGAUAAUCAGAAAUACAAAAAACAAUGGUUUUCCUCUCAUUUUGACAAAGGAUCUCCGCCACCGAAGGUCAUCCUUUAUACACUACAGACUCCACUCAUGCAGGUCUCUCUGCCUGUCAGAACGAGCCAUGAUCAUCCCAAUAUUUCAGAUGCUGAAUCCGACAAGUUUUCCUUUGACUCGUGCAUGAGCUCUGUGCGUCAAGAGGAAUACGUCAGUGCCACCUCUAGACCAGUCAUCAUAGCUCCUCCAGGAAACACUGUGUCCACUUUGGACUCUGUUGCUGCCAGAAGAGCCAGACUCUCAAAGUAUAUGAGCUCUAAUUUGAGUUUUCCUUUGUCCCUAAAGGACAAGGAAUCAGUCGUUCCAGAACCCAAACGACCUGAGAAGCCCCCAAAUUAUCAUGAAGCAAUGGAGAGAAAGUUAAUGAUAAAACAUAAUGUACCACUUGACGCUGCUAAUACUAAAUCGUUACAUGAAUCUACUAGUUCUGACAAAUCUGACAAUAAAAAGGCAACUAAUUUCAACCUCGGCACCUCAGAGACACAAUCACCUUUUGUAAAACAUUCCACUUCUUCAGAUCGAACUGAUGGUUCUGUUAAACUGCCACCAUUAUCUGCUACCAACAAUUCUAAGACUGUGCUCAUUUCUACAAAGUCACAAUCUGUCACAGAGUCCCUACAUCCCAGCAAAGCCAACACAACAGUUUCAUUCAGUAAAAAGUAA